CUCCCGGGGUUGGCGGGUUUUCGGGGAUCGCUCGCGGCCUUUCUGGGGUUCUCCUGGUUGGGGCCAUCCCGGCUGGGCUAGGACUGCCGGCCCGGGGCCGAGGCGCUCUCAGUGGUCUCUCCUCCGCCGGGGUGGAUCCACGCCUCUUCGGCGAGCGGGUGGCGUGCAGCCUGGUCCGGGCGUCUGGGAGCGGCCCUGCGCGGCGCGGCGCGCUUUGCCACGGGGUCCCGGGGCGCCGUCCGCCAGCGGCCUGGGCAGCCGGAGACCCGCGGGGCGGAGCGCCCCACCAGACCCACCUUGUCCAUACUCUGCUCUCCCUGGACAGGAAGCCGGAGGAGGAAGGGAUGGCGGUGGAUCGGCUGCCCGCCCAGGAGUCCAUGACAUUCAGGGAUGUGGCUGUGUUCUUCAGCCAGGAUGAGUGGUUGCACCUGGACUCUGCCCAGAGAGCCUUGUACCGGGAGGUGAUGUUGGAGAACUACAGCACUCUGGUCUCACUGGGGAUUCCAUUUUCAAUGCCAAAGGUGAUUCAUCAGUUGCAGCAAGGACAAGAUCCCUGCAUGGUGGAAGGAGAAGUCCCUUCUGAUACCUGUCUAGGUUUCAAGACUUGGCCUGAAACAGAAGCAUUGCCUCAUCGGCAGGAUAUUUCUAUAGAAGAAACAUUGCAGGGAAUGAUGAAGAAAGAAUUCAUUAAGUUUGGUCAGUGGGACAUUAACUUUGAAGAAGCUGUGGAAUUCGAGAGCAGGAUAGAAGAGGAGCAAGAAAAGAAACCUCUUAGGCGAAUGAUAGUCUCGCAUGAGAAGACCGUCAGUGAAGAUGGAAACCAUACAAGUCUUGAAUUGGAGAAAAACUUACUUAUAAAUACAGCUCUUGUUACACAACAGGGUGUUCCUGUAGAAAGGAUACCCAAUAUGUAUUAUACAUUUGGGAAAGAUUUUAAACAGAAUAUUGAUCUCAUGAAAUGCUUCCAAAUUUACCCAGGAGGAAAACCUCACAUCUGUAAUGAAUGUGGGAAGAGCUUCAAGCAGAAUCUUCAUCUUAUUGAACACCAGAGAAUUCAUACAGGUGAGAAACCCUACAAAUGUAAUGAGUGUGAAAAAACCUUCAGCCACAGAUCAUCCCUUCUUUCUCAUCAGAGAAUUCAUACUGGAGAGAAACCUUACAAGUGUAAUGAAUGUGAGAAAGCAUUUAGCAACAGUUCAACCCUCAUUAAACAUCUGAGAGUACAUACUGGAGAGAAACCGUAUCAUUGUAGACAAUGUGGUAAAGCCUUUAGCCAGUGUUCAACCCUCACUGUACAUCAGAGAAUUCAUACUGGAGAGAAACUCUAUAAAUGUGGUGAAUGUGAGAAGGCCUUCAACUGUAGAGCAAAACUUCACAGGCAUCAAAGAAUCCAUACAGGCGAGAAACCCUACAAAUGUAGCGAAUGUGGGAAAGGUUACAGCCAGUUUACAUCUCUAGCUGAACAUCAGAGAUUUCAUUCUGGAGAACAACUGUAUAAAUGCCUGGAAUGUGGGAGAACCUUCACACGUAUUGCAACCCUUAUCGAACAUGAGCGGAUUCACACUGGACAAAAACCUUAUCAAUGCAAUGAAUGUGAGAAAGCCUUCAACCAGUAUUCAUCCUUUAAUGAACAUCGAAAAAUUCAUACUGGGGAAAAACUUUAUACAUGUGAGGAAUGUGGGAAAGCCUUUGGUUGCAAAUCUAACCUUUAUAGGCAUCAGAGAAUUCAUACCGGAGAGAAACCGUAUCAGUGUAAUCAGUGUGGAAAGGCCUUCAGCCAGUAUUCAUUUUUAACUGAACAUGAGAGGAUCCAUACUGGAGAGAAACUGUAUAAAUGUAUGGAAUGUGGGAAAGCCUACAGUUACAGAUCAAACCUUUGUAGACACAAAAAAGUUCACACUAAAGAGAAACUCUAUAAAUGGAAGGAAUAUGAGAAACCUUCCAUCUGCAGCUCCUCACUUACUCAGUAUCAGAGAUUUCUUAGAGGAGAUAAGGCCUAUGAGGCUUAGUUCCUCUCUCAGAUAAUCCAGGGCUUCUCAUUGGGGAAUGAGGAGAAGAAUAAGUAAGGUACAAACUCCUAAUAGAUUUAAGUCGUUUUUACUUCCAUGUUAGUUGCCACUAAGUAAUGGUAAAAUUGAUUAGUGAAAUCAUGAAAAGCACUGACUUGUUAAGUUUUAAAAGAACCAUAUUGUGGUUGAUGGCCAUGCUUGCCAGUUUUGAUGGGGUUAAAAAAAAAAUUUUUAAAAGAACCAUAAAUUCUAAGGUUUCUAAAAUCUUACAAAUAUUUUUUUAAUUCAUAGAAAAAAUGUAAAAGGCCGAACUUUUUAAAAAGUCAUGAAAAAUAGUUGAAUAUACCUAUUGUUUAUCUCAUAAGACCAUAUUCCCUUUAUAAGAGUAAGCUUCAAUAUGUGAAAUUUCUUUUAAAAACAGUCACUGCCGG